GUGCUAGGAGGAGGGACGUAGAUCCUUCGUUUUCAGUAGCAGUCGGCACGUUGAACGCAUGCGUUCCAAGGGACGCUAAGAAAAGGGUCUGCUGGCGGAUCGCGGCGGAGACAUGGAGCAAGGCUACGGAGGCUAUGGGGCAUGGAGUGCUGGACCUGCCAACACCCAGGGCACAUACGGAAGCAGUGUGGCCAGCUGGCAAGGUUAUGACAACUACAGCUACUACAACGCCCAGAACACCAGUGUCUCUGCGGGAGCGCCUUACAGUUAUGGCCCAGCCUCGUGGGAAGCCACCAAGGCCAGUGAUGGUGGCCUGGCAGCUGGGAGCUCUGCCAUGCAUAUGGCCUCUUUUGCACCAGAGCCAUGCACUGACAAUUCUGACUCGCUCAUUGCCAAGAUCAAUCAGCGUUUGGACAUGUUGUCCAAGGAAGGAGGCAGGGGUGGGACCAGCAGCGGUGGGGAGGGCAUACAGGAUCGAGACAGCUCCUUCCGCUUCCAGCCAUAUGAGCCCUAUGACUCCAGGCCCUGUUUGCCUGAGCAGAAUCCCUAUCGCCCCAGCUACAGCUAUGAUUAUGACUUUGACUUGGGGGCUGACCGCAAUGGUAGCUUUGGUGGGACAUUCAAUGACUGUCGGGACCCAACACCAGAGCGGGGCUCCCUUGAUGGCUUCAUGAGGGGCCGGGGCCAGGGCCAGACCCGAUUCCAGGACCGGAGCAACUCCAGCACUUUCAUACGCAGUGAUCCCUUCAUGCCACCCUCGUCAUCCUCGGAGCCCCUGCCUGCUGCAUGGAAUGAGCUGAACUACAUGGGUGGGCGUGGUCUGGCUGGGCCCUCCACCAGCAGGCCACCUCCUUCCCUCUUCUCCCAGUCUAUGGCCCCUGACUACAGCAUGAUGGGCAUGCAGGGGGUGGGCGGUUUUGGUAGCACCAUGCCUUAUGGAUGUGGCCGGUCCCAGACUCGGAUACGGGAUUGGCCCAGAAGGAGAGGGUUUGAGCGCUUUGGACCGGACAGCAUGGGCAGGAAGCGAAAGCAGUUUCCAUUGUAUGAAGAGCCUGAUGCCAAAUUGGCCCGAGCUGACAGCGAAGGAGAUUUAUCUGAAAACGAUGAUGGAGCUGGUGACCUACGGUCAGGAGAUGAAGAAUUCAGGGGGGAGGAUGAAUUCUGUGACUCCAGGAAACAAAGAGGAGAAAAGGAGGAUGAAGACGAGGAUGUGAAGAAAAGACGGGAGAAGCAAAGGAGGAGAGACAGGAUGCGGGACCGAGCAGCUGACAGGAUUCAGUUUGCAUGUUCUGUAUGCAAGUUUCGUAGCUUUGAAGAUGAAGAAAUCCAAAAGCAUCUGCAAAGCAAAUUUCACAAAGAGACAUUGCGGUUUAUAAGUACCAAAUUGCCUGACAAGACAGUGGAGUUCCUCCAGGAGUACAUCAUAAACAGGAAUAAGAAAAUUGAGAAGCGGCGCCAGGAAUUGUUGGAGAAGGAAAGCCCUAAACCCAAACCAGAUCCAUUCAAAGGAAUUGGCCAGGAGCAUUUCUUCAAGAAGAUUGAAGCUGCACACUGCAUGGCCUGUGACAUGCUGAUUCCUGCACAGCACCAGCUCCUCCAGCGGCAUCUGCACUCUGUGGACCAUAACCAUAACCGAAGAUUGGCUGCUGAGCAGUUCAAGAAAACAAGUCUCCAUGUGGCUAAGAGUGUUUUGAACAACAAACAUAUAGUGAAGAUGCUGGAAAAAUACCUCAAGGGUGAGGAUCCUUUUGCCAAUGAAACAGUCGAUCUUGAGACAGAAGGAGAUGACAAUGUUGGAGGGAAGGAAGAGACUCCAGAGGAAGUAGCUGCAGAAGUCUUAGCAGAGGUGAUUACAGCAGCAGUGAGAGCUGUAGAAGGGGAAGGAGAGCCAGCUGCAGAGAGUAAUGAAGUUCUAGCUGAAGAGGAAGGCCCUGUGGACACAGCAGGGACCAGUAGUGACCCCCACACUGAAAAGUCGCUGGAAGAGCAGACCUGUGAAACAGCAUCUGAAAAUAGGAACACUGAAGACAGGGCUCAAAGCGAGGCCACUGAGGCCAGAAAUGAAGCAUUCAUAGUGGCCACAGAGAGCACCAUACCUGUUACAGCUAUCCCAGGAAUCAUGGACGAUGAAAUGGAGCAAACUGAUGCAGACUCUAAAGAUACCCCCACGGAAUGACCUCUUUCUCCCUGUUCAAAGGGAUGUAUUCUAUUCUCUCUUUGAUUUAUAAGCAGUACUAGGGUGUGUGUUACUUGGUGGAAAGACUCAGCCAUUUCCUUCCCAGUGUACCUCAAGGGCUGAUGCUGUACAGUGGAUGGCUUCCCACCUCUGUUAGAAUACGAAGAGGUAAACAUUUUCCCAAGUGGCCUUUGGCUGUCUGCACUGCAGUUAGACUAAUAAAGUAGAUCUUCCUGAUGCUUGGUAAAUCAGCAACUGACAGAAUGUGGGGUUUUGUUUUGUGGUUUUUGUUUUUUGCUUGGGAAACAGCUUGAUGAUAAGAAUAUAACUUGUUCAAGUUUUUUUGUUUUUGUUUUUAAUUUUUUAGGGGGAUUCACUUAUUUACCUUCAUGGUAUGUGGGACAUAAUGGUUCAACCAUCCAUGUGGGUGAGAGCUUCUCAAGACACUGUAGACCAGGCUGGAACUCACAGAGAUCUGCCUGUCUGUCUCCUGCGUGCUGGGAUUAAAGGUGUGCACAGCUAUUGCUUGGCCCACACUGACCUCAGAACUCAAUCCUCCUGUCUCAGCCCUGGAAUACUGGGACUGUGUGUAUACAGCCAUGGCCAUCUGGAUUUUGGUUGUUAUAAUGCGCUGUAUUAUAUUAUGUUCCGUCUCUUGUCAUAUCACAGCAUUGGCCUUGGCCUGUGCAUGAGGUCUGAGAAAGCCCCUGGAGCUUUCCAUAGGCUGUGCGUGCUGAUCAGUUUCAUGUUUUGCCUUUUUUGGGGGGUGGGGGGUCGAGACCAGGUUUCUCUGUAGCUUUGAAGCCUGUCCUGGAACUCGCUCUUGUAGACCAGGCUGGCCUUGAACUCACAGAGAUCCACCUGCUGCCUCUGCUAUCCCAGUGCUGGGAUUAAAGGCAUGUGCCACCACUGCCCGGGUCAUGUUUUGCCUCUUUGUGUUCCAUCUCACCAUUAAUGCAGGAUGUUAGUUUUGUUACCUCUUAAAUUCCGUUAUUCCCACAUACAAGUUUUUAGGGAAGAAAGCAUGAAAUUAUCCCAUUGAUGGAAAACACAUAAAUUCCCAUAGAUGGGCUCUAACUUUAAAAGCUCAUACAAUUAAUGAAGAUGUUUCCAUUCCAAGCAAGUAGUAUUCCUUUGGUAGUUCUGAAUCUGAAAAAUGAAGGCUUAGUGUGCCUUUAAGGUAGCACGAACCAAGUUUUUAUAGGAUCAGAAUAAUUUUUUUUUUCCUUUUGAAAUUACAAUGCUGUUUCCAUCCUUGGACAGUACACAGCUCACAUCUUGGAAACAUCAGCCAGUGGUGAUUAUUAAUUAUAAAAGAGGCAAUAGAAUACUGUAGAAUUUCAUCAGCACUUCUGUCAAGGAGCAUUAUUGGGAUAUGAGAUGAACUUUAAUGGGAAUAUCAAUGUCAAAACUUAAUAAGCAAUAAAGCAAUGCUACUAAAACA